AUGUCACUGAGCCAAGAUGGGCAGGGGGAGAUCGAGAUUCUGAAUCAAGGCAAGGAGGAAACCACAGGCAACGAUGUACCAAUGCCUCAAAGUACACUUCAUGUUACAUAUCCCGACAGCCAAAACCCUUCACCUAUCAAACCUACUCAUAGCUCAAGAAGAACCCACAAAGUCAAGCCCAGUUUAAAAUCUGCACGCUCAUUUGAUUAUCCAACGUUGUCAGUCAAAUGUCCUCCCAAUUCGCUAAGACCAGUGAGCACCACUGUCCCCUCAACUCCAUUGAUUCCCAAACAUGUACGUCUGCCCAAAAAGAAGCCCUCAUUGAACAAAUUGAAUAUCCGUUCACAAGUUUUCAAAAGAAACGCAGCAAAUUUCUUACAUAGUCCAAGUUUCGGUCAAGGGACAACUGAUACUGACCUUGGCGAUGAUGAUGAUGAUGAUGAUAAUAAUAAUAAUAAUGUAGACCUAGCGUCAUCUUCCAAAGCUAGCGACUCCAACGUUUCAAGCUGUCAUGAGAGUUUACUAGAUCCUAUUCUGUCAUUGAGAAACUACUACAAUGACUUUACCACAAUUGACUGGACGAAGGCAUAUCUCAAAGCCAAUCAAUUCAAAUUUUCCGUGGAAAAAGGAGAAUGGAUAGGAUAUGGCAAAACAAAUGAUUUGGAUGACUAUACUAAUACUAAAAAGAUUCCAUUAUUCCAGAAACAAUACUUUACAGUUGGUAAGUGGAUAUUGAUCAUCAUUAUUGGGCUAUUUUUCUCACUAAUCGCAUUCAUGAUAGACAAAGUUGAAAUAGUCCUAGUAGGAGUCAAGUAUGGCUAUUGCAAAACCAAUUGGUUUGCAAGUCAAGUCUCUUGCUGUGCUGACGAAACACAAAACAAAGCAAAAGUGGCGAGUCUCAAUAAAAUGACUGGCGAGCCACAGUGUUCCAAUUGGAUCAGCUGGUCCCAGAUGUUUCACAGCUUGUACUUUGGUGGUAUCAUUCGGUUAGAUUUUGUUGUCUAUGUUGCACUAACAGUGGUUUUAGCUAUUGCUGCAUGUUUGAUCACAUUAACAACAAGAAUAAUCACGGGGAUAGAAAAAGAGACGCCAGCUGACGAGUCUCACCAAAAGUCACAAUUCAAAGUACCUCAACCCCAUACCAAGCCGCGGAUUAUUUACACAGGCAUGAGCUCAGGAGUACCAGAAGUGAAAAUCAUCCUCUCGGGAUUCGUCAUACGUCGUUUUCUUGGGGUUUACACACUAAUCACAAAGUCAGUGGCAUUGGUAUUGGCUAUUGCCUCAGGUAUGUCAUUGGGGAAAGAAGGCCCCUAUGUCCAUUUAGCAACCUGUGUGGGAAAUAUCACAUCACGUUACUUCCCGUUCAUAUACACUAACGAUUUCUUUGAGAAGCAAAUAUUAUCAGCGAGUGCUUCUGCUGGGGUGGCGCUAGCUUUUGGGUCACCACUAGGAGGCGUUUUGUUUAUAUUGGAGGAAAUCAACAAUCACCUACCAAAUCAUCAAUUAUUUCAAGUCUUUUUUUGUGCCAUUAUAUCGACAUUGUUUUUAAAAGUGUUGGAUCCAUAUGGUACAGGCAAAACGGUAUUGUUUGAGCUUGAGUAUUACUCCGACUGGAAACCCAUUGAAUUGCUCUCCUUCAUUGUGUUGGGAGUUGCAGGUGGGGUGUUUGGUGCUAGUUUUGUCAAGUUUAUCAAUUGGUGGCCCAAAGUGUUUCGCAAACAUCGAAUAAUAAAGCAAAAUCCGACUUUUGAGGUGGGGAUCAUUGCGCUUGUGACUGGACUCGUUACGUUUUGGAACCCUUAUACCAAACAGGCAUCGGCGGAAUUGGUUUUGGAUCUUGCAACACCAUGCACGGGUCGUGAGUUAGACCGUUCGCUAUGUCCAACUACAAAUGAAGAAUUCAUGCAUGAGCUAUGGUCAUUGUCUUUUGCAUUGGUGGUCAAGAUUGCGUUAACUUUUGUCACGUUUGGGUUAAAAGUGCCUUGUGGAAUAUACGUGCCGUCAAUGGUUGUUGGGGCCUUGUUUGGCCGCAUUUUCGCAAUGUCCAUUCAGUGGGUUACAUUUUGGGACAGUGCAGGCGAUGGGAUUGUACGCCAAGGAGCAAUAGAUUUUGGUAUUUAUGCAAUGAUAUCUGCUGGAGCCUUCAUGGCCGGAGUCACACGAAUGAACAUUACAAUCGUUGUCAUUAUGUUUGAGUUGACUCUGUCGUACACGUACGUUUUACCCAUAGCCAUAGCCAUAUCGGUGGCUAAUUGGUCGGGAGGAAUAUUGGAAAAGAAUUCACUAUAUGAGUCGGUAUUGAUAAACAAUGAUUACCCUUUCAUGGCACUGGAUGCCGAACCAAUCGAUCCAAGGACUAAGGUGAUUGACAUAGUAGAUGAUAGCCUCGUUUUUGCCCAGGACAAGUCCAAGAGCAACAGUAUUUAUAUCGAUGUCUCACAUCUGAGCUAUGUCUCGGCUGCUAUCCUUGAGGACAAACUCCAUAAUCUUGCAGAUAAAAGUCUAUUAGACGGAUGCAUUCCAAUCAUUAAAAAUGGAACUUGUUUGGGCCUUGUUUACUUUGCAGAUUUGGAGAUUUUUCUUGAUCGGAUAAAUGCGUUCUUGGAGGAACUGGGAGUUACUCAACGGGAAGUUGGGGAGAUAUAUUGUCGAGUGAUAAAUAAUGACUAUGGAGUGGAAGCUAGGCCUCAACAACUUGAUCGUGAUGCUGACUACUUCACAUACGGAUCUACAACAUCACUGGAUGAAGUUCUGUUGUUUGAAGAAUUGACUGAUCUUACCCCGGUUGUUGACACCCAUCCACUUUUCAUUAGCGAGGACUCGCCAUUAAGUUUUGCUAACUUGAUAUUUGAGCGUAUUGGAAAUCGAGUCAUUGUGGUGUUGAACAAGGAUGAUGGUUCUUGUUGUGGGGUUUUGCAUAAGAAAGCUUUGGUUGAUUAUUUACGAAGAAGUGAGUGUUUGGAAGAGUAG